UCUCGUGUGUGUGUGUGUGUGUGUGUGUAUGUGUGUGUGUGUGUGAGUGUGUGUGUGUGUGUGUGUGAGUGUGUGCGGUGGGAGGAUGGAGUGAUGCCGUGCUCGUGCCUUGAGCUCUCUCACUGCUCCAUAUGCUGCGUGCGAUUUUACUGCCACGUUCGCGGCACUCGCUUUACGACGCCGUUGCCACGGCAACCACACAAUACAGCAGCUGUUCGUUUCCUUUCUGUGCAGCACGCACACUUUAACGAUUCGUCAUCUCAUUAAAAUGUUCAUGAGCCUAAGUGGAAUAGUAGUGACUCCAUCUGCAUGUUGUGUUGUCUGGAUAAACUGAACACACGGUUAAAACAUUACAGCGUUUGUUUGUUUGUUUGUUUGUUUGUUUGUUUGUUUUGUUUUUUUGAUUAAUUGAAGAACGACACGUCAAAGUUUUUAUCCGUUUAGAGUUGCAUUUAAUGUUGUGGGACAAAAGGGAAAUGAGUUAGUUCCUGUUCUCGCGUAUGUUAUAGCAGCUGUAAACGCUCGUUCCUUCACCAGCGUCUCCCGGUCCUCUCUCCUGUCUCGCUUGUCAUGUACAGCGCCGACACCGGAGACUCCUUCCCUGCAUGCUACAUAAACUUCUCCUUGCAGAAAACUCUGAAUGAGCUGUUGCUAUAGAAACGACAAGGUAGUAUAAUUAGAACGAGUGCAUCAAUGUUCACCUGUAAUCUGCAGGUGUUACAGAAAACUAAUCAACACCAUCUGACCAAUCAGAGUCCAGAACUCAGCAGCGCUGUGGUGUAACAGUGAGUUAAGGCGUGAAAGGGAGAGCAGUAAUAACAUUAAGAGAAGGGUGUGGGGCGGCGAGUGCGGACAGCUGGUCAGAAGAACGCUAAUUAUAUCAGAGAAGGAUAGGGGACACACACACACACACACACACACACACACACACACACACACACACACACACACACACAGACUGAUCAUACUGCCUAUCCACAGUGCCUAAUCUUAAUGCAAAUUAAGCAUGACUCAUGCCAUUCUGAGAUGUGACUGGCUGUGGCUAAAAGGGGGCGGAGCUAAGUAUCAGGGUAAUAUACAGUGUGGGAGGGGCUUUAAUUAUAGCCAUCUGCACUCCACAGUCCACACCUACAGCCGGCAGAGGUUUGUGCAGACUGAAGGGGAAGAUGAACUAGAAACACACACACACACACACACACACACACACAUACACACACACAUAUGUACAGGAAAGGCAGGUUUACAGUCAGGUUAAUGUUCUGAGAGAGAGAGAGAGAGAGAGAGAGAGGCACAGUGAGGUUGAGGUUGAGGUUGAGGUGUGUUUGGGGAUGUCGUGGGGGGGCAGGAGCACAGCAAGCAGUGGAUACUGCAGUCAGGAUGAUUCAGACUCCGAGCUCGAGCACUUUUUCACCUGCAAACCAACGACACUUGAGGUGAGACAGUGCAGAGACACUGUGGUGGACUGGAGGAAAGAGCAGCAGCUCUCCGUCACUGAACUCCAACACAAAGUCAAAGAAUACAACGCUCAGAUCAACAGCAACCUCUACAUGAGUCUGAACCGGGACGGCUCAUACACUGGUUUCAUCAAGGUCCAGUUCCAGCUGGCUCGGCCCAUCUCUCUUCCUCCCACUCUCAUUCCUCCCUCUUCCUCAUCCUCCUCUUCCUCUUCUUGCUCCUCCUUUUCCUCCCUGCCCUCCUCGCAUGGCCUCUGCACGUCGUUCUACCUGCCCCGAGACAUGGCCAAGCAGCUGCACGUCAGCUCUCGCACCCGGGUCCGAGAGGUAAUCCAGGCUCUGCUCAACAAGUUCACAGUGGUGGACAAUCCGGCCAAAUUCGCUCUGUUCGAACGCAGCGAGAGGAACGGCCAGGUGUACGUCAGGAAGUUGUGUGAUGAUGAGCGUCCGCUCUUCCUGCGUCUCUGUGCAGGCCCCAGCGAGAACACGCUUAGCUUCAUACUCAGAGAGAACGAGACAGGAGAGGUGAACUGGGACGCGUUCAGUCUCCCCGAGCUCGGCAACUUCCUGCGGAUCCUGCAGAGGGAGGAGGAGGAGCACGUCCGGCAGAUCGUACAGCGCUACUCACUGGCACGGGACAAACUGAAGGAGGCGCUGAGGAGCUUCAGCACGCCGGGAUGAGAGGAGUGUGACGGAGAGGAGCCGGACGUAACACACUCUGCUGAGAACACACACACACCGUUGAAAACACACACACACACUGAUGAAAACACACACACACACUGAUGAAAACACACACACUGCUGAAACCAUCUGAACCAUCGCAGUGAGAAAACAAAGAGCUGCUGCAGGACGAGCUCAGGGUCUCUCUCUCUCUCACACACACACACACACACACACACACACACAGAGCACUGAGGAGGGGAAAAGCAAGCAGAUGUAGCCUUAACACCUUUAUUUGUCACUACACACUCCUGUAUGCCUCUUUAUUGCACAUAGAGUGUACAGGCUAAUAUAUUAAAUCCUAAUGUCUUCUUACUGGACAUAAACAAGUGCUACAUGGAGCGUGAUAACAAA